AUGCUGCAACGUGUAGGCAGGCUACUACGACCGCCGACCACAUCCCUGCUUGCCAACCUCGCCGUCCGCCCUCGCUCCCUGCCCAUCGCCCGCUUGACCACGAUGCCUCCAAAGAGAGCCGCGUCCACACGCGCCGCCGCAAAGAGGAGCGCGCCCCAGCAGCCACCGGAAUCGCCUCCCAGCUCCCCGACCGAAUCCAGCCAGGCCCCAGCAACCAAGAAGAGAGCGGCCGCAGGUGCGCCCUCCUCGGCCAACGGUUCCGCGCCCAAGCGCACAAAGAAGCCCAGCGCAGGAGGACUGCCAGACUCUCCCGCCGCGCCCUCGGGAAACGACACAACGGCACCAGAGUCGCUGCCCAGGAACACCGAGCUGCCCGAGUCGCUCCACUUCGACCGCCCACGCCACGACGACUCGCUCAGGAUAGCCGCGUGGAACAUCGUCUCGCUCAAGAGCUCCGAACCAAAGGGCCUCCUCAGGUACAUCGACGCAGAGGACGCCGACAUCCUUGUCCUCACAGAGACCAAGGUCAACGAGGUACCCAUGCACCCCAAGCUCACGGCGCGGUACAAGCACCAGUACUGGGGCAUCGGCAAGCAGAAGAGCUACGCCGGCAUCGCCAUCCUCUCCAAGCUCGAGCCCAAAAACGUCACCUAUGGCCUCCCCACCCUCCGCGACGCAGACUCCAAGGGGCGCAUGAUCACCCUCGAAUUUGAAAACACCUUCCUGAUCGGCACGUACUGUGUCAACGCCGGCGAGGGCCUCAAGUCGAUGGACAACAAGAUCGCCUGGAACAAGGCGUUUGCCGAGCACGUCCGGCAGUGCGACCAGCGGAAGCCCGUCAUCUGGUGCGGCGACCUCAACGUCGUCCACGACGACCGCGACCUGGCCCAGGCGAGCAAAAAGUGGAACAAGAGCCCCGGCUACACCCAGAUCGAGUGCGAUGCGCACCGGGAGCUGCUUGCGGGCACGGCCGACGACGGGGGUCGUCUGGUCGAUGUCUGGCGCGAGCAGCAUCCCGACGCCGUGGGCCACUUCACCUUUUACGGCUGGCGCGGCAUGUGCCGAUCCAAGGGCAUCGGCUGGAGGCUCGACAGCUUCAUCUUCUCGGAGAGGAUCAAGGACCGCGCCAAGGAGUGCGAGAUCCGACACGAGUGCUAUGGACCCAGCGACCACGUCCCCAUUUACUGCGACGUCCAAGGACCUCUGUAG